AUGUUACAGCAACAACCAAAAAGACAAAUUAAGCCAUCCUAUUGGUCUGAACCUGAAAAUAUCAAAAAGUUAAUCAAAUGUCAAGCAUUGGCCCGCAAAUGGCUCUCUCGUCGUGAAUUUGAAAAGGUCCAAGAAAUCCAUCGGUCCACUUUCUUUCAAUCUCAUGUGAAUCAUCUUCAAGCUCGAGUUCGUGGUGUACUCUGUCGACGAGAGUUGGAAAACAAGCGUAUCACUUUUGAAACAUGCAAUGAACAAUGGGUUAUCAAAUUACAAACAAACUGUCGUGGCUAUUUGGCAAGAUUGAAACUCAAUCGACUCUUGGACUCAAUUGAUCGUAAUGUACGCAAGGAAGGCUUUACUAUGAAUAGACUCGUUCAUAAUGUUCAACAAGAACUUGUAUCUCAAAAGAAUCCAUCGGUUGGAACUGUCAAGAAUUUUAUACAUUUAUUGGAUGAUAGUGAUCUGGAUUAUAACUCUGAAGUCAAAUUAGAAUCCAUUCGACAAGAAGUGAUUCAAUCCAUUCGAGACAACAAUCAAUUAGAUGUACAUGUGAAUACUAUCGAUACUAAGAUUGCAUUAUUGGUCAGGAACGCUAUCACUAUUGAUGAAGUCCUCAAGGUCACUGGUCCACUAAGAAAAAAAGAACAACAUCGUCGAUUCUCACAGAUGGCUGCUGCUGCUGAAGCCGAAGCAUCCAGUCAAAGUGUAAAUCCAUUUACAUUACGGAAUAUCAAUCAGAAGAAUCAAAAUGCAUUGGAUCUUUAUCAACAAUUAGUCUAUCUUUUACAAACCGAUCCCAAACAUUUGGCAAAAUUGGUCUCUAUCACUCGGGUUCAAGACUUUGGUGGAGAUGGGGAUGGUCAUAAGCGUAUUGAAUCCACAAUAUUGGCUUUGUUUGGUUAUGCUACUAAUUCUCGUGAAGAAUAUUUACUUAUCAACUUGUGUAGAUUCUGUAUUGAUGAAGAAAUCAAACAUGUACAAAGUCCUCAAGAAUUUAUGCGUGGCAAUUAUUCAUUUAUGAAGUUGGUGGUUCAAACAAACCGUGGAGCAAAAGAACGGGAAUUCUUCCGAACAAUCUUGACACCUUUGGUCAAUGAAGUAGUCAAUAAUGAAUUUUUAGACUUGGAAACAGAUCCAGUAGGUAUUUACCACAAGGUGAUGAAUGAUGAAGAAAGUCGAACUGGUCUGCCUUCACGCCGAAAACAUGCUGUCAAUUCUCAAGAAGCCCUUGCUGAUGAAGAAGUACGAAAUGUCUUUAUUACUCACCUUCGAAACCUUCGUGAAAUCACUGAAAAGUUCCUGAUUGCUAUUACCUCCACCCUUGAUGCCCUUCCCUAUGGUAUACGUGCAGUGGCUCGUGAACUACGUCUUGUAUUAGAACACAAAUUCCCAAAUGAAUCCUCUGAAAAUGUCACCAAGAUCUUGGCCUAUUUUAUCUAUUACCGAUACUUGAAUCCUGCGAUUGUUGCACCCGAGCAUUAUGAUGUGAUAGAUGGAAGUAUCAAUCCUCAUCAAAGAAAAAAUUUGGCCGAAAUAUCAAGAAUGCUUCAACAAAUUUCCAGUGGCAAGAUUUUUGAUGCUGAUGAUAUGUUUUUGGCUCCAUUGAAUGACUAUGUUUUCCACGCUGGACAACGAUUUGCAGAAUGGUUCUUAAAAGUGGCGGAUGUUGAAGAUCCUGAAACCCACUUUGGAAUGGAUGCUUUGGAUGAUCAUGCAAGAACUCAAAAACCUACUAUUUACAUAUCACCUUAUGAAUUAUGUCAUUUACACUAUAUGAUUGAACAACAUAUCGAAGUCUUGGCACCCAAAAAACAAGGUACACUAUUCGAAAUUAUAUCUGAUCUUGGACCUUCUCCUUUUAAACCUGGUGUCCAGCUUCCAACAACUGUUUGGUGUCUACGUCUUACUAAUAGGGAUGAUGAUAUUCCUCAAGAUUCUACUGCUCAACUUCAACAAUUGAUUGUGGAUACAAAGCGUCUGGUGGUCUAUAUUAUUCAAAUCCAAUCGGGUCCAAAUUUGCUAGAUAUCUUCCAACAACCAGUGACAGAUAUACAUGAAGCACAAUGGAUGGAAAUUAAGCAAAGGGAAUUCUUACCUCACAAAGAUCAAGGUGUGAACUACCAUGAGUCUAUAGCUAAGAAGCGACGAUCAUUGAAAUUGGGAAAUACACCUUUGGAUAUCAAUAAUCUUACAUUCUUCCAACUCAAGACUAUUACAUCACGUCUUGCAGCACAUUUGGAAAAAUUUGUCGAUCGUAUUACACAACAAGAUAAUUAUCAAGGCUUGCUCAAUAUGAUCGCUGAAGACAUCACAGGGAAAAACACACGACGUCAAACACGGGAAAAGGAAAUCACCAAACUUAAAACAACCCUUGGUCAUUUACAAGCCAAGAAGGCUUAUCUUUCUGAUCAACGACAAAGUUACGAAGAUUACUUGAAAUUAUCUAUGGAUACUAUGGCACAAAAGAAACAACGUGGCAAGAAACAACGCUAUAUGUGGCCAUUCACUCGUCAAUACUUCCAUAUGCGUAACUUGACAAAACAGGGCAAGCUUCCAACGUUUGGUUCUUACAAGUAUACGGCAAAACAAUUACAUGAUCGUGGAGUUAUCAUCACACUGGAAGGCGUGGAAAAGAAACAUUAUGAUCGGAUUGAUAUUACCUUAUCGAUGGAUGAAGCCGGGAUCGUCAAUUUGGAAGGUCGUUAUGCUAAUUGGAGUGCCACCUCAAUCUAUAUGGAUAUUCAAUACGAACAAUUACUGCAAACCCAAUUCGAAGGUGUACAAACAAUGACUCUACUGGAAGGAAUGAUCAAGGUCAAUGUGAAUCUUUUAAUAUAUAUGAUUAACAAAAAGUAA